GGCCGCCGCCUCCCCCAGCAGGUGUGAAUGACAGAAGUGGUGCCAUCCAGCGCCCUCAGCGAGGUCAGCCUGCGCCUCCUUUGCCACGAUGACAUAGACACCGUGAAGCACCUGUGCAGUGACUGGUUCCCCAUUGAGUACCCAGACUCCUGGUAUCGUGAUAUCACAUCCAACAAGAAGUUCUUUUCUCUUGCUGCAACCUACAGAGGUGCCAUCGUGGGAAUGAUAGUAGCUGAAAUUAAAAACAGGACUAAGAUACAUAAAGAGGAUGGAGAUAUUCUAGCCUCCAACUUCUCUGUUGACACGCAAGUUGCGUACAUUCUGAGUCUGGGGGUAGUGAAAGAAUUCAGGAAGCACGGCAUAGGUUCCCUGUUACUUGAAAGUUUAAAGGAUCACAUAUCAACCACCGCCCAGGACCACUGCAAAGCCAUCUACCUGCAUGUUCUCACCACCAACAACACAGCAAUAAACUUCUACGAAAACAGAGACUUUAAGCAGCAUCACUAUCUCCCCUAUUACUACUCCAUCCGAGGGGUCCUUAAAGAUGGCUUCACCUAUGUGCUCUACAUCAAUGGCGGCCACCCUCCCUGGACAAUCUUGGACUACAUCCAGCACCUGGGCUCUGCGCUAGCCAGCCUGAGCCCCUGCUCCAUCCCACACAGGGUGUAUCGCCAGGCCCACAGCCUGCUCUGCAGCUUCCUGCCAUGGUCAGGCAUCUCCACCAAGGGCAGCAUCGAGUACAGCCGGACCAUGUGAUGCUGGCUGGGCAGCCUCCCCCAGGCCCCACCCCUCGAUACCCUGCAGAGCCCAUUUCCCUGUCCAUCUGAUCCCUGCUGUCCUCUACAAAUCAGCUGGCAGCCACUUGCCAGGCCUGUCAGCCUGACGCAGCUGCAGGUACGGUGCUACAUGGGCUCAGGAGCAGAGCAUCGUGGCCACACCCAGGGCACACCUGGUCUACAACAGGUACACCAGAACAGA